GACGCAAGCGCGGCCCCGCCCACCUCACGUGGCUAUCCGCUAGCCCCGCCCCACGCAGCCGGAAGUUCCGGUGGCUGAUCGCUGGACCCGGCCCGAGCGGAUCGCGGGCUCCGGCUGUGGGCGCAGGGCGGGCUGGGCGCGGAGCCUGGGAGCGGAGCCCAGGCUGAGCCGCGCGGCGCCAUGAAGGGCAAGGAGGAGAAGGAGGGUGGCGCGCGACUGGGCGCUGGCGGCGGAAGCCCCGAGAAGAGCCCGAGCGCGCAAGAGCUCAAGGAGCAGGGCAACCGGCUCUUCGUGGGCCGCAAGUACCCAGAGGCGGCGGCCUGCUACGGCCGCGCCAUCACCCGAAACCCUCUGGUAGCUGUGUACUACACCAACCGGGCACUGUGCUACCUGAAGAUGCAGCAGCAUGAGCAAGUGCUGGCCGACUGCCGGCGUGCCCUGGAGCUGGACGGGCAGUCUGUAAAAGCACACUUCUUCCUGGGGCAGUGCCAGCUUGAGAUGGAGAGCUAUGACGAAGCCAUUGCCAACCUGCAGCGAGCCUACAACCUGGCGAAGGAGCAGCGGCUCAACUUUGGUGAUGACAUCCCCAGCGCUCUGCGCAUCGCUAAGAAGAAGCGCUGGAACAGCAUCGAGGAGCGGCGCAUCCACCAGGAGAACGAGCUGCACUCCUACCUCACGCGGCUCAUCCUGGCACAGCGGGAGAGGGAGCUGGAAGAGUGUCAGCGGAACCACGAAGGUGACAAGGAUGAAAGCCACGUCCGGGCCCAGCAGGCCUGCAUCGAGGCCAAGCAUGACAAAUACCUGGCAGACAUGGAUGAGCUCUUCUCCCAGGUGGAUGAGAAGAGAAAGAAGCGAGAUAUCCCUGACUACCUGUGUGGUAAGAUCAGCUUCGAGCUGAUGCGGGAGCCGUGCAUCACGCCGAGCGGCAUCACCUAUGACCGCAAGGACAUUGAGGAGCAUCUGCAGCGCGUGGGCCACUUUGACCCUGUGACGCGGAGUCCGCUGACUCAGGAACAGCUCAUCCCCAACCUGGCCAUGAAAGAGGUCAUUGAUGCGUUCAUCUCGGAGAACGGCUGGGUAGAGGACUACUGAGGCUGCCAGUGCAGGGCCUGCAUCCCUCCCGGCCCAGGGUUGGCAGCCCCCAGCCCCUGUACAUAAUCUGUCCUUGGAACCCUCGGUGUCCCGCCCCACCCUGUCGUUCUGCUGUUGGGCUGUGGACUGCUCUCUCUCUCUCAGCACUGCCCUCGUCGGGUAUGAGCCUCCCACCCCUGCUUCUGGGCCCGAAACAGCAGUGAGGGUGGGUUAGGCUGAAGCCAACACUGCUGCCAUUGUCCCUGUAAUAAAGUCUGUGAGCACUACACGGUGUGUGCU